CCCAGCAACAGCUGAUUGCUAUUACUGUUGACGUGUGGUGGGGAUAGUUCAUUUCCAGACCUGGUUUGGCUGUAAUAAAGAAUCAUAAAGUUAUCGCCUACAGCCUACUCUCUCUGGCAGUCUGGCUCUCAUUUUCAUUGUCUCAGAUGAUCAGAUUCUCAAAUAGCAGCACAUCUCUCUACUGGUUUUGAAUUUAUUGAUUUUAUAUUUCUUAAUCUGAAGAAGAAUAGUAAUUCACAGGGUUAAUAAUGAGUAGCAGUGAUGAGCAAGAGGUUACAAGCAAUGAUGGACCCAAAAAGAAAAGGAGAGAAAGAAAAAAGAGAAGUAGAGGCGCAUCUAAUGCCGUUAGCCACCAUGUUGACAUUUUUGACCAUAAAAUUCAUUGUGACUCUGAAUACAGUGGUUGUAGCUCUAGAAGAGGAAGAGGAGGAAGAGGGAGAAGGGGACGAAUAAGGAAAGAUAGGGGAGGUCUUAAAACAAGCAGUGAUUCUAUUGAAACAGUUCCAUUACCUACUAGAGGAAAAACAAGAAGAGCAGGAAAAAUUAUAGGCAAUAACAAUGACAAGAAAGAAGAGGAUGCAAUAGAUGGCAUGAAAGGUGCAACUAAACAGAAAAGAAGAGGUGGUAGAGGGAGAUAUAGGAGUAGAAGCAGGGCUCAAUCAACACAGGUUUAUAGAAUGGAACUCACAGAUUUGACAGAUUUAGCUAAGUUACCUCCAUGCGAAGUUGUUUAUAAAAUUUAUUGUGGCAUGAAAGGCUUUCAAGAGUCAUUACAAAGCUGCAGCAAAAUACAUGUAAAAUCAAAAGAUUUAUAUAUUGCUACAGUUAUUGAUUUGCUAUUUAAAAUUUGUGAAGCAAGAGACGAAGUUCCAGAAGAAGCAACCAUGAUAAUUGCUGAAUUUUUAAGUGGUAGAUGCUCUGAGUUUCAGUGUCUUCUUAAGAGCUAUGUCUGCCAAGCUGAUCAAUCCAUGACAUCUCAACUUCUGUUGCUGUUUCAAAAGUUAGUAGCUAUCAUGCCUUCAUCAGCAUUGUAUGCUUUACCAAUUGACGACCUUUCUGAAUCUAUAGCCAGCAUAUCUAUUGAUACUAAUGAGCUGCAUAUGGUAACAGAGCUUAAAAAGCAAUGCAAUGAAGCUAAGGAACAUCGUAUGGAAAAAAAGAAACCACCAAACAUCUGUAUCAAUGAAGAAUGGGACAACAGUCUUUAUCGUACUAUGCCAAUUUUACCUACAAUAGAUGAGAUAUGCUCUACUAGUCCGCCACGACUGAGAUCCAAUAUUAUCAAUGGAGCGUACACUGAUUGGGAGCAUUACUAUGAUAUACAGUUUCGUCUUUUACGUGAAGAUUUCUUGGCUCCAUUAAGAAGGGGAAUUCUGCAGUAUUGCUCUCCAAAGCAAACGGGACGUCUCACUGACAUUUAUGUAUAUAAUGAUGUACGUCUUACUGAGCCAGAAUUUACAGAAAGUGGGCUCUGCUUCAAGGCACAUUUUGAUGUUAGUCAACUACGUCAGCGAAAAAAUUUGGUGAAUUCAAAGCGUCUCAUUUUUGGCUCAUUACUUUGUUUUUCACCAAAGAAUGAUCGAUUUCAAGGAGAAAUAUAUUUUUCAACUGUUUCAGAUAGAAAACCAGAAGAACUACCGAAAGGAAUCUUCCACGUUCAUUUUGAGAAUAAUAUGGAAUUGUUUCAGCAUAUUCAGAAGACUCAUUUCACUGUAAUUGAGUCUAGAGCAUAUUUUGAAGCUAGCCGUCACAUUUUGCAUAGUCUACAGACUGCAGAAACCACCACAAUGCCAUUUAAGCGCUACCUUAUUGAAAAUAAACCAGUUCCAGUUAACCAUCCAUCUUAUUUACAGUGUGAUACACAGUAUAAUAUAUCCUGGCUUUACCCCACAAAUCAGUUAAAGAAAAAGGUGGUUACUGGCCGUGAUGCUGAUUUUGAUUUGUCAGAACUCUCUAAACACACAAUCAAUAUUACAGAUGAGAGUUCUUGGCCUUCUGAAGAUGAAUUAGAAUUGGAUGCAUCACAAAUCAAUGCAAUCAGAAUGGCUCUCACACAAGAGAUCUCAGUCAUUCAAGGCCCACCUGGCACUGGGAAGACGUACAUUGGAUAUAAAAUUGUUCAAACGUUGCUUCAAAAUCGAUUGGUGUGGGAUCCGCAUAUGUCAUCACCAAUUUUAGUCAUGUGCUACACUAAUCAUGCUCUUGACCAGUUUUUGGAAGGCAUCAUUCAUCACAGAAUAAGCAUGGAUGGCAAACUAAAAACCCCUAACAUUGUAAGGGUUGGUGGUAGGAGCAAAAGUGAGGAUAUCAAGAAGUGUAGUCUUUUUAAUGCUCGUAAAAGAGCAGUGCCAUAUUAUAUGAUACGAAAAAUUUACGAACAGAAAGAUGAUGUUAUAAAUACUGCAUCAAAGAUAAAAUGGAACACCCUUCAGAGAGUAAUCCAGAACCCUAUCAAUGAAUUCAUUAUUAGUAAUGGCAUGUUUUUACUAAGACCUGUCAUAUAUGGACGCCAUUAUUACCAGUUAGUAAUGCUUGGUCGGGAAAAGCUAAAUGAUGAAAAUUUAGCUUUGGAGGUAUGGUUAGGAUUUUGGGAUCAUUCAAGCUUUGUCACUCCAGGUGUACACAUGCAUGAUGCACUAGAGCAUAAUGAAGAUGAGCAGCAGCAUGGCAACAAUAGCUCUGAUAAUGAGACCAAAUCAGACCAUCAAAGCAAAGAAGAGGAUGAUGAUGAUGAUGAUGACAAUGACGAUGCUAUAGAAAAAAUUGAUGUAACAGGAGAAGCUGAGAUUGAAGAGUCUAAUAGACGAUUGGAUGACGAUGCUUACACUCCUCUUAAAUUAAAAGAGAAUGCUGAAGAAGGGGAAGUUAGUGGUGUUGCCCUUGGUGAACAGAAUCAAAAAGAUUUGGAGUCAGAAGAUCAAUCGUUUUUGAGAAAAACUAAGGCAGAAAUUAAUUCAAUUUUGAGUCAUAUUAGAUCUAGCAAUGUUGAGCCAAUGGAGCCAGAAGAGGAGAAAGAUAUUAGAGAUGUUACAUGCCUUAGCAAAAUAAACAGAUACAGGCUUUUCAAAUUUUGGAUUCAAAAAAAUAAAAUGCAACUUUUCAAUAAAAAUGAAGUGUUGCUAGCACAAUAUGAAGAGGAAUGUCAAAAUUUCAAAGCAGCACAGCAACAACUAGAUCGUAUUGCUUUGGAAAAAGCUGACGUCAUUGGUAUGACAACAACUGGAGCAGCAAAAUAUCAACAUAUUCUACACCUUGUCAAGCCUAAGAUAGUAAUAGUUGAAGAAGCUGCUGAAGUAUUAGAGUCUCAUAUUGUAUCAGCUCUUAAUGCUGGUACACAGCAUCUCAUAUUGAUUGGAGACCACAAGCAACUGCGUCCUAAACCAAAUGAGUAUGACUUAGCGAAAAGGCUCAAGUUUGAGAUUUCACUUUUUGAAAGGUUGCUGCUCAACAAUCUUCCUCACGCUACUCUUCUUAUUCAACAUAGAAUGAGACCACAGAUAUCCAAAUUAGUACAUCCUUCUAUAUAUGAUGAGUUGAUUGACCAUGAAACGGUUAAGUCAUAUGACAGCAUUAGAAGCUUUGACAAAAAUAUGUUUUUUUUCAACCACAGUUACCCAGAAAGAGAAGUUGAGCAUUUGUUAAGCCAUUCAAAUGUUGUAGAAGCUGAUUUUGUCGUAUCUUUAUGCCGACAUUUUCUUAAACAAGGAUAUGGUCCUUCAAGUAUCACCAUACUUACUGCUUACACUGGUCAGCUGCUGUGUGUUCGAGAUAGAAUGCCCAAGAAAGAGUUUGAAGGGGUUCAAGUGGUCAACGUUGACAAUUUUCAAGGAGAAGAAAAUGACAUAAUUAUAUUGUCACUCGUGCGAAGCAAUAGAAUGAAGACUGUUGGCUUCUUGAAAGAAGAAAAUCGUGUCUGUGUUGCUUUAUCCCGAGCAAGAAUGGGCUUUUAUUGUUUUGGAAAUUUUGACAUGCUUCGGGAAGUUGUUCCAAUUUGGGAUUGUAUCUUACAAUAUGUUGAAGGGGAAGGUUGUCUUGGCUCUGCAUUUUCUCUUCAUUGCCACAAUCAUCCUUCAUUUAAAGCAGCCAUUGAGAAACCAGAUGAUUUCAUUAAAUUUUUUCCAGAAGGUGGUUGUGACAUGCCUUGUACAUAUCGUCUUGACUGUGGCCAUCAAUGCAAGCGGUCAUGUCAUUUGACUGAUCUUGACCAUGAAGAUUAUAAAUGUAAUGAACCAUGUGAAAGGCUAUGUGCAAAUGGAGAGCAUCCCUGCAAAAGUAAAUGCUACAAAGACUGUCCUCCAUGCAAAGUUACUGUGAUCAAGACAGUACCCAGUUGUCCAUUUGGACAUACUCAAGAAGUGAAAUGCUGUGAAGACCUACAAAAUCUUAAAUGCUUGAGUAAAUGUCCAAACAAGUGUGAGAAUGGCAUACAUGAUUGCCUGCUUAAAUGUUGGGAAGGAUGUAAACCUUGCACUGUCCUUGUUAAAAGUGUAAUGCCUAACUGUGGUCAUGAACAAGAUUUACCAUGUCAUAGUGACCCUUAUUUGGCAUGGUGUUUCCAGCCUUGCUCUAAAAAAUGCCCCAAUGGACAUAUUUGCUGCAAAAAAUGUUAUGAAGACUGUGGAAACUGUGAAGUACCUGUUUUAAGAAAACUACCAAAAUGUGGUCAUGAAAAAACCAUGCUUUGCUAUGAAAAAGUUUUAAAUGCAGAGUGUCAUGAAAUGUGUCAAAAGGUCUUCAAGUGUAAACAUGUCUGCCAAAAAAUGUGCUAUGAAGAAUGUGAUAUCUUAUGCCGAGAGCCAGUCACAAAAUUCUUUUCCUCUUGCUUACACAGUAACGUCAUUCCAUGCUACCAAGACCCUAAAAGUGCUAAAUGUACUAAACCUUGUGAAAAGAAGAAAGCUUGUGGACAUCUGUGCCAAGGGCAGUGUGGUGAGCUUUGUUUACUUUAUGAAUGUAAUGAACCAAAAGAGCUGGCCUUACCGUGUAAUCAUGUAACUACUGUUAGCUGCAAAGACCAUCUACAAACAAGAAUUAAUUUAUUUAAGAGCAAGAACUAUACAUGCAAUGAGCCAUGUACUAAAACAUUACAGUGUGGUCAUCCAUGUCAAGAAAAAUGCAGUUCUCCUUGUACUACUAAAUGUACAGUCAAAGUCACAUACUGUUGCCCCAACGGUCAUAAAAUUGAAAAGGUUACAUGUCAUUUACAGAACACCAUUAUUUGUGAAGAACCAUGCCUUAAGAAUCUGCCUUGUGGUCACCGGUGCUCUAAUAAGUGUCACGAGGAAUGCUCUGAAGUAUGUAAUGAAAGUUAUGUUAAAAAUUGUAAAUGUGGGCAUGCACAUAAAUUCAAAUGUGGAGACCCACAAGAAGUUUGCUCCUGUACUAAAAAUUGCUCAAAGAAGCUCAGCUGUGGCCACUAUUGUUCUGGAAAGUGUGGGGAAUGUUACACUAGACGAAUACAUGCUCCAUGUGCAUAUGAUUUACAAGUGAACAGAUUUUGUGGGCACUUUGCGUCAUUACCUUGUUAUGGCCUUACAGAUAUGUGUCAGAAGCCUUGUUUACUCUCUGUUUGUCCACAUAGUAAAGACCCUUGCAAGCAUGAAUGCUUUAAACCUUGCACAGCUCAAAAGUGUCAAGAAAAAUGCAUUGUUGAGUGUUCACAUCAGCAAUGCACACAGAUUUGUAGUCAAGUAUGUGAUAAACCGGCAUGUGAUCGAGCUUGCCCAAAACCAUUACAAAAAUGUCAUCAUCCCUGUUCUGGUGUUUGUGGUGAUCGGUGUCUUAAACAAUGUUGUUUUAUUUGCAAUAAAAGUAAAUACCUUCAAGAUGUCAGGAGAAUAGGAAAGAAAUCAAAAGGAGAUGAGCCAUGUGUGCAACUUGAUUGUGGUCAUAUUUACACUGUGAGAUAUUUGGAUCAACGAUUUGCAUCAAAGGAUAGUUCAUUAAUAUGCCCUUUGACUUGUCCUGCCUGCUCAAAACCUUUUUUCAUACCCCAUUACUGGAAGUUGAGCAGGGAAAGAGCUGAAGAUAUAAGCCAAAUCAAACAGCAACUAUUUACUGAUGAAACAAUUGAUGACACAGAUGAAUCAAAAAUGGACCGUGAAGUUGCAAGGCAACUAUUCAAGAAUAUUAAAAGGGACGACUCAGAAACACGAUGUGUCAUUAAUUUAAUUGCUAAUGCCAUGCAGCUUUUGAUAAAUGUCAGUCGCUUUCCUGAAUGUGACAAAGAAACACUUGCUGGUUUUAUUUCGUCAAUAGUUAAAACUUUAGACUCAAAAGGAGCAAGAAUAUCAACUCAAAUCAUUUAUGAUAUUGAAAGUGAGUUUUUUCGUUUUAGCCUUCUUGCUCUGGCAAAAAGAAUUUAUUCACCAUCUAAUAUCAAACAACCACUUCAUAGUCUACUGCAGCAAAUGGACGAAGAUCACAAUUUGAGGCUAACUUAUGAGAAGUAUGAAGAGUAUUUACCAGCAAUUCAUCGCAACGGUGUUUAUGAAGUAGUUCCAGUAUCUGUACCAAAAAUAACUAAAGGAGAAUGGUAUAAAUGUAGGCGUGCUGGUCACAUUUACUUUGUUCCUGCUAUUUAUCAAAGGAAUUCAGAAUGUACUGAAUGCCGUAGCUCAAAGUAACUUAGAUAGUAAUAAAUAAAAUUUACUAUUAAUGAAGCUUAUAUUAUAUCUAAUUAUAAUUGUGCUGUUUAUGUUAAUUGUGCUGUUACUUUAUUAUUAGUGAAAAAUAUAAUUGUGAUUAGCUUGUGCUGUUUAUUAUUGAUGAAUAU